GUUUCCACUAUUUCCGACGUUUAGUGAAAUGAAGGUCGCAAUGUUUAUGUGCGCAAGCAGUGUGUGUCUGUGAUUCAUAGAAUCAUAAUCAUAGUUGGUUCCUGAUUGCUGAAUGUAGGCCUAAAUUUAAUCACAGUGUGUUUGUUGGGAAUUGGGCAAUUGGCGAAUGAAAGAAAACAUCCAAUUACAAAUGCAUCUCCUGGAUUUGCCGGGGGAUGACGUUAUUUUGAAAAUCAUAGAUUAUCUGUCACCUCAGGACUGGCUAAACUUUCGAUGUGUUAGUAAACAAACCUAUUUCCUAGUCCAUGAAUAUUUCAAAUAUAUGAAAUAUCUUGAUCUUUCUCAUCACAAAGUGUUACCACAAGCCCUAUGUCAGGUUUUACCUCAGCUAUGUCACAGCCUAAAAGUUUUUAAAAUAUCUAAUUCAAAGAUAUUCAAUGAUGAAUGCAUUAAGACCAUCAUACAAAAUAAUCACAAUUUGAAUCACCUGGACUUGUCAAAUAGUAACCUUAAAAAUGGAACUCUCCAGCCACUUGUGGUCAACUGUAAAAAACUAGAGAAAAUUUUGUUGAAGAAUUGUGUUUGGUUAACUGUUGGAGCCAUUGAAAUUUUAGCCUUCCAUUUUCCAGAUACAAUCAAGGUAGCUGACUUUAGUGGCUGCACAGGCAUAAGUGAGGCUUCAAUCAUCCUAUUUGUAAAACGACAGCCAAAAUUGACAUCACUGUCCCUGAGUGAUCUCUCUUGUCUGCAGGAUGAAACAUUAGUUAAGAUUUCUCAGUUUUGCCCACAACUUAUGUAUCUUGACAUAAGUAGAUGUUGCAGAAUCACAGACUCUGGGAUCAAAAAGUUUGCUGAAUAUUGCCACACCGUGCGCACGCUGAAGGUGGAUGGUUGUGAGGUCAGCGAGCGUAGUUUGUCUUGGUUGAGAUCACGUGGUGUUUGGAUUGACAAACCUCAAUAUCCUUCUUACCUGUUGCACCGCCUGAAUCAAAUUCAAACCUGGCCACGGACUCAGCUGUGAAAAUUCUUCAACGGGAUCUUCUGUACAUUCCUUCUUUUCUAACGAUAUCUACCUCACUUGGUAGACAGCCACCGCCAUUUCAUUAGCUACUGUGUUAAUCCUAGCACUAAGAAUAUCCUUCUCUAAAUUUCCAUUGGCGCUCUUAUCGAAGUCGACUUAUUCUUAUCCUCUUCUUUCUCUUAAUUUUUAUAGUUCUUCUCCCCUAAAUGGCUCUGGGGAGAAGUUUUGAAACAGCUGAGUUCUGUCAUCCUUGCCCAAUGUUGAUUGUACAACUUCCGUGUUGGCAUAAUCAUGAAUUCUAAAAUUCUAGAUUUCCACCCCUAUCGGACGAUUACGUGUUUCGUUUUAAUCGUGAAUGAUGAACCAGGCAGUUAUUUUUAGAUAAUGCCGCGUUAAAUUUGGGUUGGUUUUUUUCUUUCUGUCUUACAACACGUAAUAAUAAAGUUCUCAAAUGUCCAUCAAAUGUCUAUCUUGAGAUGGGUGUGAAUUUGUAACGUUUUGGGAUAAUUGAUAUCAAUUGACUACCACGAAACUUCCGUAGGGUUCGAUGGUGGAGGCACCAGUCUAGCGGUCGGUGAAUUGAUGUUGUAAAAAGAGCCACCAACAGUCGAGUACUCCACCAUCCGCCUUUUUAGAAACAUGGUAACUAAAAUCAAUGAAAAGACAAGUUAAGUCACGACGGGAAAAAUCGAGUACGUACCAUAGAAUUCUACUGCCGUUUUAGACAGUUUGUUAUUGUGCUUCUGGUGUGGCACAAAUACCAUUUCCGGGCAAUUUUUUCUUUAUUUGUAUGUAGUACUACAUGUAUGUGUGUAUGGGGUGAAUAGAGGUAGGGAAACAACUAAUCCAAUUAGAUUUGUUAGAAAAGGAAAAAAAGUUCAAAUAGCGUGAAGCGUAGUUUGUCUUGGGGUUUUAGCUGAGGAAUCUAUGUACUAUUGGUUGAUAGAAAUUCUUAAGAGUAUUAAGUUAAGAAUGGACAAGAGAUCCCAGAAGCGUAAAAAAAUCUGAAAAACCAUCAGAAAACAUGUAUUUCUCUUUCAUACACCAAAGCCAAAAUCGGAUCAAAGUUCCGGGAUUGAAUGGAAGGGAUAAUUGCCGCUUGCCCGACAGUCUUUUUUUUUUCUUCUUCUUCUUUCUCCUCCCACAUUUACUCCUCCUCUACUAGCAUCGCAUCAACAUUUCUUCACCUUUUCGGGUCGGAGGAGAGAAAAUGGGAGGAGUUCUGACCGCUUGAGUCGAGAGGAAGGAGAAGUCUCGUCGACCCCGACUACAAGUUCCAGUGCUAGUGUAUCUAUUGGUGCUGUCGAGUCAAUGACAAGCCACAAAUUGUCUCCUUUGCUAUCACAAGUGUUCCAACACAGAAUCAAUUUUAGUGCGUAGCUGACGGUAGUCGCGAAACAUCUGCUUCUUCUUCGCUCCACACUCCAUCCUCUGUGAUUUUGUGUCCAACAUUCACGAUGAAUUGUUUAGUUCGUUCGUUUUUCGCCUUGCUGGUGUUAUGCAAAUUUUCUACUUCAUCGGCUUGGUCUUGGAAUAAUCUGUUGAUGACAAGCACAAGGAUCAAUUUGGGAAUGGCGGAAUCGGUAGCGGCCGGCGCUGAACUUGCGAUGGGCGAAUGCCAAUAUCAAUUCCGAUGGGAGCGCUGGGCAUGUCCACGCAGCGCCUUCACCAAAAAGAAAGUGUUUAGAUCACUGAUUCGAGAAUCUGCGGCUCUCCACUCUUUCCUUUCGGCUGGAAUCACUUACACGUUAACGCGCAACUGUUCUCGCGGCCAACUGGAAGGAUGCGGAUGCGCCAACAUACAUUCUCAACAUCCAAACGAAUCUCCUUCAGCCACAUGGCGGUGGGGGGGAUGCAGCGACAACAUCAAGAUGGGAGAACAAUACUCUGUCCGAGUACUGGAUUCUCUCGAGUCUGGACAGGAUGCCCAGGCUUUAGCUAAUUUGCACAACAACUUUGCUGGUCGUUUGGCUGUUCGUCAUUCAAUGCGCCAGUCGUGCAAAUGCCACGGAGUGUCCGGCUCGUGCGCCAUGCAGACUUGUUGGAUUCAAUUGCCUCCAUUCCGCACAGUUGGCCAAGCCCUCAAACGACAAUACGACACAAGUGUGAGGGUUGGCUACAGCAAUGGCAUCCUACAGAUCGACGGCGGCAGCUCGUCGUCCAACGGCGCCAAGACCUCGUCAGGCUCGUCACAGAUUUUACGCGUCUCGCCACAAACGCUCGUCUACUUGGAACUGUCGCCCGACUUUUGCCGAGCAAACGUCACGGCCGGAACGAGCGGCACGAAAGGCCGGACAUGCUCACGAGACAAAGGUAAAGGCCUUUCGGCAUCUCAACGUCGCAGCUGCAUUCAUCUGUGCAAGAACUGCGGUCACAAAGUUAAGAAGCGCGUCGUCACUGUCAUGACCUCAUGCAACUGCACUUUCCAGUGGUGCUGUCAAGUCCAGUGUCAGACGUGCAACACAACGAAAAGUAUUUACUCUUGCGCUUAAAGUUGUCAAUCAUCCAAUCAACAUGCGUAUACUGUCGCAGUAUUAAUCAAAAAAUCAUCCCAUAAAUGUACAGAUAUAAUUUCACUGAUAAAUUGAGAAACUUUUUCCUCUGUUUCAAGGCAAAUGUACAUAUUCCAGAUGGCCGGCUUACAAAAUAUCCUAUCAGUUUAAGUAUAAGGGUAGUCUACGUUUUGAAAAAAAAAAAUUGAAAUUGCUCUCGGGUUGACACCUUCGAAUGGCCCAACCAAAACAUGUGUGUGCACACUCCUAGUUGUGCUAAUUUGAUUUGUAUCGUUGUUGUAUGUGUGAAUUUGUUGUACAAGCUUCCUGCCACCAUGUGCCGACUCUAUUCCGUUCUAGAUCUUAUCGAGCUCGAAAUUUUAAAAUUGAGCCGAA